CGAGCAGAGAGACUGAAGGGGCCGGGCCCACAGCGGAGAAAUGGCGAGUAUGGCAGGCGAGGACGGGCGUGGAGCGACGACACAGACCCCCCAGCAGCAGGGCCCGGGCCGGGGCGCGCUCAGGUGGGGUCCGCAACACGCCGGCGCCCGGGAGCUGGCCGGCCUGUACUCGCCAGGCAAAAGAUGUCAAGAAUGGAUCAGCGUCCUCCUCUGCUUCUCUCUAAUGGCCUUCAACUUCAUUCACCUUCUUGCCAACUUCCAUUUUGGACAUUUGUGGUCGAUCCUGUUAGGCAUCGUGGCAGGGAUACUCACUGCCGACUUUGCGUCAGGGCUCGUUCACUGGGGGGCUGACACCUGGGGGUCAGUGGAUCAGCCCAUCUUUGGAAAGGCUUUUAUACGUCCAUUCAGAGAGCACCACAUCGACCCCACAGCCAUCACCCGCCACGACUUCAUCGAGACCAACGGUGACAACUGUAUGCUGACCAUAUUCCCUCUCGCCAACAUGGCCUUCAACUUUCUCACCUUUUCCCCAGCUGAGAUUUACCACAUGUACCCCUGGUACUGUUACUUGUUUGCACUGGCCAUCUUCGUGACCCUCACCAACCAGAUUCACAAGUGGUCUCACACAUACUUCGGCCUUCCUCGCUGGGUGGUGUUCCUACAGGACUGGCACGUCAUCCUUCCUCGCAAGCACCACCGCAUCCAUCACGUCUCGCCUCAUGAGACGUACUUCUGCAUCACCACCGGUUGGCUGAACUACCCUCUAGAGAAGCUGGGUUUCUGGAGGAACUUGGAGGAUCUCAUCCAGGGUGUAACGGGGGAGAAGCCCAGGGCGGAUGACCUGAAAUGGGCUAAAAAAGUGAAGUAACGCUGCAAGCCGACUGCACCCUACCUCAGAAGACUCUGGCUCGGCCCCAGACUUCUCGUCCAGGCUCUUUUUUUGCGCUUCACUUUUAACUGCAAUUCACAGAAUGAAAAACUAACAGUUUCUGUGCCAAGUCUUCAAGUCUUGCACCUUUCUUUUCUUUCUGAAAGUGAGGGCUUUGUUGAUGGACAAGUCCGUCGUGGUGAAUAAUGAUCCAAAUUGAAACAUGUUCUUUGUAUAUCUUACAUACCAUUAAGGAUGUCACCAAUGUUUGAUCAUAUACAUUCUCACCAAUUUCUAUUAACUAAAAGUGAUUUCUCUCACCUCAGAAAGAUCUGCCAAAUGCAGGAAAGAGCACUUUUUUUGUUUUCUUUGGUUCUCCUGAGCCUCUACGGUGAUUAGGAGAGUAAUAUUUAGCUCUGCUUUAUUUUCUCUUUCUGUCUUUGCAUCAUGGUCUGAAUAGUCGCGUUGAGGUGUAAAUUAUAAAACUGGAUCGAGGUCAUUGUUACUAGCAGGGUUGAUCUUGUGGAUGCUCUACCGGUGUAUAUAACGGAAGAUCAAAUUGAGUGAUUUACUGUUACAUUAGUUGUGUACUUGCACACUUUGGCUCAGCUCUGCAGGCUUGUUGACAGGUUGAUGACAAUAUUAGUUACAAAAACACACAUGUAUUUCCCUCAAAAUGAUCAAAAUCCCAUUGUUUAUUUACCCCCAAAUGAAGCCAUAUUUAAUAGUUGAAUCAAAGAUUUGUCCAUCGUAGAUGGUCGCAGAGGAAGUUCCAGUGCUGCCAUAAAUGUGCUGAGAGAUUGUAUUCACAAAGAAUUUAAAGAAAAAAGGUCCAUAAUAUUAGCUGUCGGCUUUAAUUCUGGCAGCGUUUGUGUCACCAGCGAGGAUGCUCGGAGGAAUGCAGAGGAAUCCGUCUGAUGAUCAUGUGUCUUCUGUGGAACGCUCUUGUGAUUUUAUGUGACUGCUGGUAAACGUGCAGCUUUGCAGGCGCGAGGCACGUGCAGUUUUAACAAGCUGCCUUACACACCACAGGUGCAGUACUGUUCUGUCCCCAGUGUCUCUUGUCGUUUCUUUAAUCGUAGUCGUGCAGUGGGUGUUUUGGGCGCUCUGGGUUGUGUAAAAGUCGCACUUAAUCAGACGCAGAUGCUCUACAGUGUUGUGCCAGCUGUGUGUAACGUCAUUUUCACUCCUCGUGUCUCUUCUUUUGAAUCAUGGGAAAGGAUUGGGCUGUUUCAGAGCGUUACACUCCCGCUCAGGAAGAUUGUCGCCGCGGACCUUCGCGGUACCUGUGUCGGGAUAACUUUAGUUAUGUUUUAAGGGCUUCAGGGAAAGUUGACGGUCCGGGAAUUUUCUCACACUAAUAGAUGAGAUGAAUUGGUCAAAGAGUUUUACUUAAUGCUUUAGCCAGUAAUGUGUAAAUGUAUUGUACAGCUAGGAACUAUGCAGUGUAGUGGGAGGCCCUUCAAUAUAUGUCUUAACUUGGCUUAAGUCAAAUGCCUUUCUUUCUUUUUCUUAUAGUUUACACAUUUGCUAAGUUGGAAAACUGAGGCUGCAAACAUAGCUGCUUGACAAACUGCAUGUUAAAUUCAUUUUUCUCAUUAAGAUGUCACUUGCACGGACACAACAUCCCGUGCGUGCAUGCAGCAUGUCAGCUUGUGCGAGCUUUACACGGGGUCACCAGCGUUCCUCUGCGGAACAGGGAGGACGGGGCUCUGCCUCGGGUGACACGGCUCCCAAAUGUUGACCCACCAAACUGUUUUAUCAUUCCCAGAUAAUCCCGGUGACGGUUUUAGGUUUAUAGGAGAAGUUAACCUUGCUGUUCUGUUGGGCUGACCAAGUUAAAGGCUUAUGCUUUUGUUGUUAUAGGUCAAGUAGGCAGUUUUAAUGAUGGUAAUAUGUAAUUCUACAGCCAAAGUUAUGCUUUAUGUUGCGUAAAAUCCAGUCUUGGAAUCCUUCAUACUUGAUUAUGUAUGCUCGUUCACCAUAGGUCGAGAGGAGCACACUCCAGUGUGCGUAGUGCUUGUCGAGUGUUGUUCAAGGCGGUUUCGUGAGCGCUCACUGCUUUCGACUUGUGGCUCUUGAUCAGUGUUAGAAAAAAUGUUCAGAAAUAUUUUAACAUUGAUGAACAGCUUUCUAAAUAGGAAUUAUGGCUCUGCUGGAUGUUUUUGGCGCUUCAAUAAAUUGCUUUGUGUUGUUUUUAGAAAGUUAAUGACAACUUUAAGGAUGUUUUGUGCUAUUGAAAGUCAGUGACAUAAGAUAGUAGCUGUUCAGGGGCGAUUAGCAAAUAUUGGAUAUGAAACGCAUUAAUUUGCUGAGGAUACUUUAUGUUGAAGAUAUUCGGUGAGUCACAAAAGAACCUAAACCAUAGUAACCUUUGUUUGACGACAGACUUAACGUAAGUGAUGUUUAUGCGUGUUGCAGUGGGCAUUUUGGUUAUAGACAAACUUAUUCUCCAAAUUAUCUCAGGACUCGUGGUUUGAGUGAUUUAAAAUAGAUUAAUAGGAAUUUAUGGGCAACAAGAAGCCAUCCUUUAGCAAAGUUAAGGAUGUUGUUAAAUCUCUAGUUAUAUCAGAUUCUGUUGGUUAAGGCGGUCACCUGACUUAUGCACUAUUUGUUUAUUGUAGCCAAAAUAAGCACAGUUAACUUUCAUGAUUAAGAAUUAGUCAUUUCAGAAGUGUUGGGUUUUUCUGUUCUGAAUACACUCAACUUUCAUUGGUGGAUUUACGGGCGAUUAUGACUCUUAUUUAUUUUUUGUUUUGUUUUUUGUGACAUGUGUCGUCAACUAAACACUUUCCCACAUUUUUGUGACGAUUAUGUUCUGAAGUCAGGCGGGCAGUUGUUGGUAUGUGUGACAUUGUGAUGAAAUCACUCUUGGAAGGACCCCUGAACUUUUAAAUUGAAUUGCCUUAAGCUUCUCCUGACUGAUUUGCCAUAAAUCUUGCAGUGUGGGGAAAACAGUUGAUUGACAGACUUAAAAUUGCCCUUCAUUUGACUCACUUCUUCUGAGGCAAGACCUACAUGGAUGUUGUUCUCAGUUAUGUACCAAUGGUGGUGGAGUUUUAGAUAUCAGAAUAAUGCCUUGAUGCCUUUUAGUUGUCUUCCAUGUGGAAGGCUUACAAUGUAUACUAAACUGUAUUUAUAAAUAAACCAAUAAACAGCUUUCUCAGUG